GUCAUUUCUCAUGUGCCUCACGCUUUUUCCUCACCGCUUUCAGCUCUGUGUUUGUGUGAGUGAGAGAGAGAGCGAGCCAGAGCUGAAAAGGUUUGCCAAAAGAGCUUCCAAUGGCGGCGGCGGCGGCGGCAAGGAGCGGUUUGCUAAAGCACCUGAGAGUACGCGUUCAGGCCGUGCCCCGAAACCCUAGUUACACGCUCUCCUUCAGCGUGAUACGACACCGUUUCUUCUCGGAAGAGGUUAGGGGCUCCUUCCUCGACAAAUCUGAGGUCGCAGAUCGGGUCAUCUCCGUCGUCAAGAACUUUCAGAAAGUCGAUCCUUCCAAGGUCACACCAAAUGCCAAUUUUCAGAAUGAUCUCGGGUUAGAUAGUUUAGAUGCAGUGGAGAUCGUGAUGGCACUUGAAGAAGAGUUUGGAUUUGAGAUCCCAGAUAAUGAAGCGGACAAGAUUAACUCCAUCAAUCUUGCUGUUGAAUUCAUUGCUUCCCACCCUCAAGCAAAGUAGAGGGAGACUCUGAAUUCUCCACAUAAUUUCAUAUGCUUGAUGUGAGGAAUUACCUUUUUUGAAAUGCUACUCGGUUUUAUAGCUCUUUUGAACCAACCCUGUUUAAGGGGUAUUCUUUAGGCAUGUGACAACUUCAAUCUUGUUGAAAUAAAUGUGAUGUAGUUAACUGUUUGUUUUGAAAUUCCAAGGGCUUGGAAAUUGUUAUGUAUCUGAAAUGCCUCUUGCAUGCAUUUACAUUUACCUCCAUAGAAGAUUUAAUGCUAUUGAGGUACUGUAUUCGGAA